UGGUGUGGUCUUCGUCGCUCGUGAGUUUAGUUUGAAAAGCCAUGACGGAAGUAGUCGGUGUUAGUCCAAGGUCGCUUUGUAGCGCGUCGGUUGGGUGAUGCUGAGGAGAGAGUGCGGGCGAGAAGAGGAGUAGCCGGCGGCGGCGGAGGCGGCGGGGGGGUCUGAGCGCAUCCUCAGCGCCUCUUUCCCUCCUCGCUAGGCCGGGCCGGGCGUCCGGUGUUUCGUUGGCCGCAAGCGGCCGGAUCUCGUCCGUUCCCCGGUGACGAGCUGCUCCGUCCCAACCGACCAGAUGAUGGUGGACGUGUGCGGUGGCAAGAAGACGUCGUCGAAGCGGUCUCGGACGAGGCGAGGCAAACGGGGCCGCCGACGUCGCAAGAACAACCGGCAGAAGAACAACAAGAACCAGAACGAAACACCGCCGCCAUUUCUACCGCCGGAGGCCGAGGAAGGAAACGUCGAGUAUAAGCUGAAGCUGGUGAACCCCACCCGGAACCGCUUCGAGCACCUGGCCACGCAGCUCAAGUGGCGUCUGCAGGAGGGCCGCGGCGAGGCCGUCUACCAGAUCGGCGUGGACGACAACGGGCUCCUGGUGGGCCUGAGCCAAGCCGACAUGACGGCGUCCAUCGGAACCUUACGCCAGAUGGCUGACAAGGUGGGCGCCGACAUCACGCUGCUCCGGGAGCGUCAGGUGGACUCGGACGGCGGCGGCGGCGACGGCGGCGCGCGCAGGAUCGCCGAGGUCCUGGUGCGGAAGGUUCCGGACGACCAGCAGCGCCAGGUGGUCAACUACAGCGACUCGCGCAGCGCCGAGGAGAUCUGCGAGAGCUCCUCCAAGAUGAUCACCUUCAUGGACCUGGCGGGACAUCACAAGUACCUGAAGACCACCGUCUUCGGACUCACCAGCUACUGCCCGGACUUUGCCAUGCUGGUGGUCGGCGCCAACACCGGCAUUGCGGGUACCACCAGGGAGCACCUGGGCCUGGCCAUGGCGCUGAAAGUUCCCAUCUUCAUCGCCGUCAGCAAAGUGGACGUGUGCUCGCGGGGGGCGGUGGAGCGGACGCUGCGGCAGCUGGAGCGCCUCCUCAAGCAGCCGGGAUGCAACAAGGUCCCGCUGGCGGUCCACACGGCCGACGACGCCGUCGCCGCCGCGCAGCAGUUCGCCCCCGCCGCCUGCGUGACGCCCAUCUUCACCCUGUCCAGCGUGUCGGGGAAAGGUCUGGAGCUCCUCAAGGUCUUCCUGAACGUUCUCCCUCCGCUCAGCAACAGCGAACAACAAGAAGAACUCAUGCAGCAGCUGACCGAGUUCCAGGUGGACGAGAUCUACUCGGUUCCCGACGUGGGGACGGUGGUGGGCGGGACUUUGUACAGCGGCGUGUGUCGCGAAGGCGAGCGUCUGGCGGUGGGCCCGACGGACGAGGGCGGCUUCCUGCGCGUGAAGGUUCUGUCCAUCCAGAGGAACCGCUCCAGCUGCAGGCUGCUGAGGGCGGGGCAGGCGGCCACGCUGGCGCUCGGCAACUUCGACAGGACGCUGCUGCGCAAGGGCAUGGUGAUGGUGAGUCCCAAGAUGAAGCCCAGCGUCUGCCGGCACUUUGAGGCGGCCGUGGUUCUGCUCUUCCACGCCGGGACCUUCCGCCGGGGCUCGCAGGUCACGGCGCACGUGGGCAACGUCAGGCAGACGGCCGUCGUGCAACGGGUGCACGGAAAGGACGAGCUGAGGACGGGCGAGCGGGCCGUGGUGGCCUUUGGCUUCCUCAAACAUCCCGAGUACCUUCGGACCGGCGCCAAGCUUCUCUUCAGAGAGGGCGUCACCAAGGGCAUAGGACACGUCACGCGACUCCUGACCGCAGAACACGACCAGAACCACGAGAACCAGCAGCACCGCCCCCCCCCCGCCGCCACCGCCGCCGACUCCGGAGGCAUUUGAACAACCCGAGCGACGUCGGAGCCACUCCAAGGCGACCGGCGGCGCCGAGGCCACCGGAACCGUCAGAGCCAGCCCGACCCGGUCCGAGCA